GUAGGAGAGCUGAAAACUGUCCCAUUAAGCAACGGUUGUGUUUGUACUGACCCAAUCUUUUUCAAAAUCUGAACUGAUGUGUGAGUUUAAACUGCUUCCCCACAUUUGUUUACACUUUGUUUUAAGUAAGUGAGAUUCAUUUCUUGGAAACUGUGCUUCUUUGUCUGGUGGGUAUGGGGAAAUCUCCAGGUAAAUGGAUCAAGAAGGUUCUUUUUGGGAAGAAGGGUUCUAAAUCUGCUGCUUCUGCUCCAAACCCAAGACAGAUGAACAUGCCAAUUCUUGGUACGAGUGCUAGUACAAAAGAGAACCUACCAAUCAAGAAAGAAGAGGCUACUGUAUCCCCUAAAGCUGAACCAGUAUUACCUUCACCUGAUAUUCACAAUGACGAAAAUGCACCCAGAAAUAUCAGUCCAAUUGACGACUCUGAGAAAAGGAGGCUUGAGCAAGCUGCUAUCACGGCACAGGCUGCUAUCAGAGGCUAUCAGGCUCGUGAAAAACUCCACUCACUUGAGGCUAUCACAAGGUUGCAAGCGCUAGCUCGUGGUCAUUUAGUAAGGCGACAAGCUGUUGCUACUUUACAAUCUGUGCGAGGAAUAAUUAAAAUUCAAGCACUUGUCCGUGGCCAAAGAGUGCGGCGCUCUAUUGGUAGUGAGAUUCGUGAAAGAGAGCCACAUAAAGAAAUUGAUGAUCAGUGUUUAAGUUCUUUUGGAAACAUAGGAUCCCAGCGAACAGAGAUGCUCUUGAAAACUGCAUUUGUUGGCAAGCUUAUUUCUUCAAUGCCUGCUGCAAUGCCUUUGCAACUUUGUUAUGAACCUGAAGAACCGAAUUCCUUAUCGAACUGGCUAAAUCGGUGGACCUUGUUACAAGUUCUUGGACCUCAUUCACAAUUUAAGGAGACCAUUGGUGUAACUGGCAGCAGUUCUUUAUCAGUUGGUACUGAUAAAGCAAGAUCAAGAGGCAGUGUUUCACGGAUUACUUCUUCUGAUAAUGACAAUGGUUUAAAACGUAGUGUUCCGGAAUCUGAAAGAAAUAAAGUCAAGCUUAAGAAAGUUACAAAAGAUCCUGUCAAGUCUAUUCAGGAGCACCCACAAAAUGGGACAAAAAAGGUUCUACGUAACCCCAAAAAGGUAUCCAAACCUCUGGUAGAAACAUCUGUUAAAGCAGUGGCUGGUUCUGAAAGGAGAAAACAUUCUAUUGGGAAGUCAUCAAAGUCAGAUAUCUCAGAAGGGAUUAGCAACCCUGUUGAAAAAGUGAUUGAAGUUUCAGAGAAGGCAGAGUCAAAACCAUCUGAUGUUGAAAUAAGUCAAGAACUACCAGCAGAAGGAACAGAUUCCAAGUUAGAUAAUCAUUCUUAUGCUCCUUUGCAACCUAGUGAAACUCCAGUGCAACAAAAGGAGGAAGUCACUCCAGUGCAACAAAAGGAGGAAGUCACUCCAGUGCAAACAAAGGAGGAACUCACUUUAGUAGAUGAGGAAAUUAAAAAAAAAAAUGCUCUAAUUAAUGACGAAAACAAGAAAGCCAGUAUGAGAAGAGCUUCACUUCCUGCUAAGCAUGAUUAUUUAGAGAAGGACAUACAUAGCACACCGAGAGUUCCCAGCUAUAUGGCGGCUACUGAGUCUGCAAAAGCUAAGCUAAGGGCCCAAGCCUCCCCAAACUUUGACCAAGAUGAUGCUGAGAAGUAUGCUUUAAGGAGGAGGCAUUCUCUGCCAUCUUCUAACAGUGGUAAAUUUGGUUCAUCCCCACGAAUGCAUAAGUUGAUUCAAGCAAGUAUAAAGGGAGGAAUGAGAGGAGACAGAUCUUUAAUGUCUUCCAGAGAUAGUAGCGAUAGUAGGGUGAUCCAAGCAGAGUGGAAGAGAUGACUGCACACAAAAAAGUGAAGUUCUAUAAAAGUUAUCCUGAAGAGGUGAAAGAAAAUUACUGAAUUCCUAUGGUUUCUCCAGUUGUCACAUUGUUGCAACUGACAAAUGAAUCUGCUUAUAAGAAAUAUUUGAUGCCCCGUGUGUAGCCUUGUUUCUCUUCUUUUUUAUUAUGCUUUAGGCUAGAGAUUUGUCAUGUCACUUUGAACACAAUGAUUUCAGUCGCAAGGGUUGCUGUUAUCUAGUUAUUCCUCUUCUUUGUAAACGCGUAAUGUUAUUUCCUUCAUGCAACAGAAUGUAUAAGAAAAGACUGCACAUACUUAUGAUUUACUAUAAUAUUAUCAAUCUUUUAUUCUGUGGA